UUUAUUAAAACAUAAUUAUAAUAUUUUAUUAAAUAAUAUGUUAUUUUACACAUGUAUAAAGAAGAUUAUUACCCAUUCAUAAAAUUAAUACAUUCAUCGGCCAGUGUAGCGAAUCACUGAGCGAGUGCAUUCGCAUUACGUCGGUUCCGGUGUAAAUAGCAUUCUCCAGUAAAACGAGACCCAGUUUUCCCGGCCUAAGGUAACCUGGCGUGGGGUAUAUGACGAACAAAAAAGUAAAAUAUCUCUGCUGCGCUUCGCGUAACACGAUGCAGUCUACAUGGCAAGCGAAGAGGAGAACGACGCGCUGCACAACACAUAUCGGAGAGAAGACCGGACGAAUAAAACAAAUUAAUUCUAAAAUACAAAUACUGUUUUAUUCUCUUUAAACAAGUUUUCUUCGGUAUCUUUUGAUUCGUUAGUGCAUGUUCACUUAGUUAAUAUAUAUCUGUGCUCGCGAAUCGCGAGAUAGUAUCGAUGAUGACACCGUAAUGAAUUAGUAAUAGUGUAAUAUAGACGGAUAAUUAUCGUGAAAGUUAUACGAGUGUGGAUCUAGCAUACCAUAUGACAACGUAUUUUUACGCAACUCAAGACUACAUUUGCGUAUAAACCAAUAAUAAAAAUCUAUUAUAAAUUCGAGGACAUGAAUGGGACCAAAAUCUUCAUUUGCCAUAUUAUCAUCUGGCUGGUAACAACGUCGAAAGUGUUAACUCGCGUUGAAGAGAGACUGAAUAAUGCUCAAAUUAGUCUCAACAAAACCCAAAGUUUGAAAAUCCUUCCGGGAGUCAAGUUUUCCUUGGAGGACAGUGAAAUCAAUAUUCAUGUGAGAGUUCACGACCUACUGCAAGAGACGGAAGUGCAAGCUCCAAGAAGCAAGCAGGAGAAGAAGAAUCCUUUGCAGAAACUCGGAUUGAUGAUGAUGAUGACGCCAUUCAUUAUGCAGAUACUCUCCCUACCGGGCGCCAUAGCGACCAUUAAAAUAUCACUCCUGAGGAGCAUCAUGGUGGCGCAAUUAGCAAUCGCAAUAAUGAUCUACAAUUUUAUCAAAAGCUCGACGGAAAACUCGGAGGUAGUGGUGAUCCGCCAGCCAUAUCAUCACAUACACUAUCGCCAUGGCUAUCCCGAUAAACACGAGGAGGAUGAAUGGUUCGGUAGAUGAAGUACGCGAUACGAGUGUGACAAUAAGAACAAUACAUUCUUGUGAUAUGAAGACUGAUCAAUUGCGGUUUUCCCAUAGCAACACAUUCGAAAGUGCGAAGGACAUCUGUGAUAUAUAGAGAUCAUAAAAUGCAAAAUUAAUUUAUGAAAUUUAUAAAAUUUUGAAAUUACCUUACUUUAUAUAUAAA